UCAAUAAACGGAUCUCGUUUAUUUCGCUCGUUGAGAAGAUUCUUAGAGCGGCGAUUGUUUGAACGAUAUCCCGAGGAAACUCGGAGAUUACGGCUAUCCGGGUGUUUUCUGCGGGGGUGUUCGAGAAUCUCACGUGUCGAUUCAAGCGUGCGACAAUAUCGGACGCGUAACUCUCCGGGUGCGAUUUCAGUUCCUCUCGUCUCGAAAUUCGGACCUCGACAUUUCAGUCGUGGCUCGACGAUCCCUCUCUCUCGCGGUAGUCGAUCAUCCUCCGUAUUGCCGUUCAGGCGACUUCGUCGGCGGGGAAUCUCGGGGCCUCGAAAUACAACCUCCCCGGAUAACAUUUUCCAGCGUCCCUCUCUCGUGCUCGUAUUUUAGCUGGGUAUGGCUGGUAUAUUUCGACCGUCGUCCUUUGCAUUGCGCCGCGCGGAAGAACGGGGUCGUUAGCUACGCGGGUGGUCGCGGGGAAGGACGCAUCGGCGGCGCGAUUUCAUUCCGAAAGGACGAUCCAUCAUUGUUGCUGCUCUAGGCUCUGCACGACGGCGAUGACUCGGCGUGGCCCGGUCCCUGUGGAACGAGUCGGUACCUCGAGCGCACCGCGCGCGCGAUUUCGAUCUCUGCGUGGCUCACAGUGCGAAUAACGGCUCUCUCGAGUGCGCGUCCGACACGUGGACAUUUGGAGGAUCGAAGGACGACACCCUCUCUCGUCGAGGCGGCGGAUGACGCGAUCGACACGACGCUCUUCACGACUGUAUUCGAUCCACCCGCUGAAAGAGCGCGAUAACGCCGUCGCGCUAUCAAGUGACAGUUCAGCGUUCGCCGGAUGAAGGACUAAGCGGACUAUGCGGACGGGAAGCACCAUCCGCACGCGCUACUGGAUUUCGCUCGUGUUUCACGCGGCAUAAAUCCGCAGUGGCAACGCAGUAGAUUCGAUUAAUUCCGAUUUGGCGGAGCGGCAGGUACUCGCGGAAUUCGCGCGUAUGAUGGAAACGCGGGCGCCGGCCGGCUCGUCGGAAGAAAUUUGCGGCAACCACUGCGGCUCGCGCGGCGAUACGUCGAGCGCGGCGGAUCAUCUGAUAUCCGCUAUCAGAUAAUGCACGGCCGCUAAUGGGGCGAUAAUAAUCCGCCCGAGACUCGCGUUCCGAAGCUGACUGCCGCAGGACGGUUCAUUCGUGGUCGAACAUCGAUUGGUCCCGUCAGAAGAGGGGAGAAGAAAAGAAGAAUCGAGAAUCCUCCGUCUCACCUUCGUGAGACGAAGUGAACGAGCUGUAAUUGGCUGUUCGAUCGCAUCCGCGGGAAUUUUUCACGACGCGAUUCCAAUUACGCGCCACGAGGCUGCAACGCCGAGAGAGUGAGAGAGAGAGGGAGAGAACGUCAGCGGAAUUGGAACGAACGAAUAAUUCAGCGACACUCUGUUUCUCUCGCCGACCAACAGCAAGCAAUUAACAGCGUGCAAACAAGAUCGAACGGGCGACUAAGUCGGCGAGACUGGUUCAGUGCAAAACUGCCGUUUCGCCGGCCGAGAACGAUCGAAAGGUGCCCUCUUCCCCCUCUGGCUCCGCUCACGAAAACGCAAGAUCACUUGGAUCCAUCGGUGAGCAAGAAAAACACGAAGAAGAAGAAGGAGAAAAAGGGAGAUAAUAGCCUCAUGGUUGACAAUGCGAGAAGCGCCAGCUGCUGAUGCGGACGAAUCGGCGAGGAACACCGGCGGCUAGCUUUUAUGUGGCUUGUAGCCGUUGCUAUCACCUCGGGAAGAAGAUCGUUAUCAGCUUCGCCCGGAAAUCCCGCGGAAGAUUAAUGAACGAACGGCGGCGGCGGCGGCAGCGGUGGAAUAGCAUCGCGACCGUAGCGUCCGUUCGAUAAGACCCACGGCUGAAGAAAGCGACCCUCCUCGCUCCCCCCUACCCCUUCUCGUACGUCCUUACCGGUCGGCGCAAGGUCGGCUUGAUGUUGUCGCGAUUCCUGCAGGAGCUCUCGGCGGACAACGUCGUCGCUCGGGAGAAGCGGCGGGAGGGCUUGUGAUCGCUCCGGCAGCGGGCCGAUCGUUCCCGCGCCACAACCGAUCGCAUCGCGAUCGCCGUCGACGCCGCUGACGAGAGUAAUGUGACAGAACGCGGUGAAGAGAUGACGGUGACGCCGUCGACUUCCGACGUCGCUGACAAGGCGGUGUCGACGGACGAUGGGGGCAGCGGCAUGGAGGUGGCUCGUCUCGAGGCCGUCCUCGCCGCCCUAGUGGAAACGAAGGUGGAGGCGAUGAAGGCGUCGUCGACCCUGAGCCGACGUUUCGGUAGCGCGCCUGCCAGUCCACGCCGACCCAGAUUGACCUCGACCUCGACGGCCUCCUCCUCGCUGAACCAUCAUCAUCAUCAUCAUCACCACCAUCAUCAUCAUUCGCAGCAACAACAGCAGCAACAGCACAAGAAGAAGGGCCAGCCUCAUCAGCAGCAUCACCGCCACCGUCGCAGACGCUACGACUCCGCGCCCUGCGGCGAAUAUCUCAACAAUGUGACGGAUCAUUCUCAGCACAAGUCAUCUAACGGAAAGGGCCGGAGAAGAGCUUCCGAAAGUCCUCGAAGCCCUCGAAAGAAGCGCAGACAUUCGAGGAGUCCAAAUGUUCUUCAAGACGUUCCAGACGUUCACGCCGGCCUCGCGCGCCUCGAGCUUGUCGGCAUAGACGGCGACCAAAAUGUGGCCCUAAUAAACUUCGAAAGGGCUAAAGAAAGGGCUAAAGAAGUCUUCGGCAAUUCUUCCAAAUAUCCGCCGCUGCACCAAAGUGCCUGCUACAUUUCCCACAGCGAAGCUCAAUUAAAUAUUCCUUACGACGAUGCCGACUACGUGGCGUUGAACGUAGCCGACGAGGAGGAGGAGACCUUGAGCGGCCCUGAGAAGGUGAACGAGCUUCAGGAAAGGUAUCAUCGACCGCGAAGAAAGCGCAAACGUAAACGACGUAAGAUCGACUCGGUCGUCAGUCCGGAAGAGGAGCUCGUCGAUCCUGAGGAACUCCCCCCUCGUGCACGAUGGACGAUCGUCGCCACCGCUUGUCUUCUGCUCGCGAUGUCCUUGCUCCUGGUCGGUGUCACGCUACGGAUGGCGCCUAUAAUCGACGAUAUGGUGCGGAAGGAGAACGAGGAGCUGCUGAAUUCUCUGAACAGGGACAACUCUGUGCCCGAGAACGUCACGGCGCCGCCCUAGAGCGGAAACCUCCGCGAACGGAAGUGCAUCGUUCUUGUCCGUCGUUCUCGGCUCACUUCCGGCCGUCGUCGGGGUUCUUUCAUGGAGGAAGGCUGCCAGAGUGUCCCACGACGACGUCGUAGGAAUCAACGUCGUGGGAAGCUAUGUUUCGUCCCGCUAGACAGGCGGACGAGAAAGAGAGAGAGAGAGAGAGAGAAAAGGAGUAGGAGAAAAGGGGGUAAGAUGACGAUUUGCUAAUUUUUCUAAAAUAAUAAUGAGUCGGGGCUCAUUCAUUAGAAGUUUUUAAUAAUAAUAAGUAAUCUGUUCUAGUUUGACUUGAA